AUGACUAUGCAUGCAAAUUGUGACAUUUGUGAUGUCCCUGUGGAGAAUGUGGAUCAUAUUGUCAAGAAUUGUUUAAUAGCUUCUCUUGUUUGGCGCCAAUCCUCCUUGCCUUACCCUGCUGCAGGAGUGACUAAAAAUAAUACUGAUGGUUGCCGAAAUGGAGAGACUAGUCGCAUUGCUGCUUGUGGUGUUCUUAGAUCAAGCUCUGGGAUGUGGGUUAAAGGGUUUGCUGCUAAUAUUGGUUAUGGUCAAGUCUUAGAUGUUGUGUUAUGGGGUAUCUACUAUGGUCUCAAUUUUACUUGGGAUAUGGGCUGCAGUGAUGUUGUGCUGGAAUCUGACUCAGCCGUUGCAGUGCAUCUUCUCAAUAAAGCUGUGGAUGCCCUCCACCCUCUUGCUACCUUGUUAUGGGGCUACCAGGACUACAUCAAAAAAUGUUGGGGCUGCUCUAUUUAUCAUGUCUAUCGUGAAUGCAACAUGGUGGCGAAUAUACUUGCUAACUUGGGCUCUUGCCUUGAUUUGGGUCUCUGUACCUUUCAAGUGCCUCCCGAUAGUAUUAGGUCCUCUGUUGUUGAUGACCUGCGUGGUCUUUGUAGGCAUCGGGCUGUAGAGUGGGAGUGUGAUGGGUCUCUUUCGAUUGUUACUUUUGGAGUUGGUCAAGUUUGGAUUGGAUGGAAUUUUCGAUGGAGAGGAAGUGUUCCUCGAUCGGGUGGUCAAGUCGUGAGGGAAUGGGGCUGGGAUUGUGGGUUGCAAGUGGAUUGUGACUGGGACUGUGGGUUGUGGGUGGGGAUGGGGUUUGGACUCGUGUUGGGGCGAAUGUUUUAG